AAUAAUGUAUUUGCAACGUAUGCUAUACAAUAAAAUAGAAAUAAAAUUAAUCUUUCGUCGAUGAAUUUACUUCAAUCAUUUACUACGCUGUUUCACAAGAUAACACAGCGAUUACAAAGCUGAAUAAAAAUUGUUAUUGACGAAGCAAAUUUUCACGCAAGCGUAUCCGUCGUGUAUCAUCCGUUUGUAUAGUCCUAAGCGUUGCUAAGACUACCAACUGGUCAACUACCUGUAACAAAUACUAAGUAAAGUAUGAAGCAUAUCUAUAUUGCACUCGGAUAGUUAUACCAUUGAGAAAAGUGUAAACCGAUAAUGCCUUAUAGAGAGGUGCUCGCUGAAAGAUUUACGAAAGAGAAGAUUCUUAUCCUGGCACUAUUUUCCCUCUCAACGAUUGGUUUCUCACGAGGUCUAAAUUGCAGCGGCGACCCUUGCAUGUAUGGAAUUUGUUUAGAAGACGCGAACAGCACUUAUUCUUGCUACUGUAUCGACGGUUACACCGGAAUCAAUUGCGAGAUCAAUUGGAAUGAUUGUUGGUCGAAUCCUUGCCUCAACGGAGGGACAUGCAACGAUGGUGUUGCAGCUUAUAAUUGCACCUGCAGCGAGGGAUUUGUAGGUAUAAAUUGUGAACAAAGAUAUAGCGAAUGUUCCAAUCAACCUUGUCUAAAUAACGGGACUUGUCUCGAUUACGAUGGCAUCACUUGUCAAUGUCCUGACGGAUAUUCAGGAGAUUAUUGUGAAAUUGACGCCUCGGUUUGUAACGAUACCAUAUGUAAGAACGGUGGUGAAUGCGUGGAAGGACCUGGAUUUUCUUUCCUUUGCCGUUGCUCGGAAGGUUGGACAGGUCGAUUGUGCGACGAAGAUAUCGAUGAAUGCAUCAUAUCACCGUGCAAGAACGGUGGCCUUUGUAUUAACAUUCCUGCUUCGUACACAUGCGCUUGUUUAUUUGGAUAUACAGGCAAAGAUUGCGAUAAAACCAUAGUACCUUGCGAACAGAAUCCUUGCGUAAACGAUGCAGUAUGCUUGUUCGAAGACGAACGGCCAGUUUGUUACUGCGUGCCAGACUAUCAUGGUGCAUUGUGCGAAUUAAAGUACGACGACUGUGAAUCGAAAUUUGCAAACUGCGAGAACGGAGGCACUUGCAUCGACGGUAUCAACAGUUUCACUUGUGCUUGCCCAACGUUUUACAGCGGGCCAUUCUGCAAUGUUUAUGAUCUUCCAUCGACUUUCUCAACCAUCGAAGAAACGCUUGAGACUGAUAUUGAUCAAAGAAAUAUUACCAUUACUUCGUUUCCAUUGAAAUCAUCGACACUGCCACAGACCGAUACAUCAUCAUCGAUUACUGUUUCCACGACAGUGCAGUCUUCAACUCCUUUUAAAAGCACCAACCGUGCUCACACAAUAUGGUACCCUUUUGUAGAAACAACGUCCUCAACUGAUAAAAAUUUCGACUUUCUUACUAGUAGCAGCAGUACCAGUAGUAGCAUUAGUGGGAGCACUACAGAAAGUCCUCCGUUUGUUACAAAUGUUUCGCCUACGUAUUCUGUUACAAGUAAACAGAUAACUGAAACUGAGACAGUGUCGUUAGAACCUCGAACAUUUCACAGUAUCGCGGACGAAAUCCACUCGAUAACGUCGACGACGAAGGUAGAGGAAUAUUUGACACAGAAAUCGAUUUACAAUGAAACGAUGAUGACUGAAAUUAUGUCUCAAGAGAACGGUGGUAGGAUGUUCACGUCCACCAGCGAUACGUCUUCUGAAGCAAGCAGCACAACGAAAUAUGUUCCAAGUACAGGGUAUUAUCCAGUUAUAACUACAUCUGUCGAAAAACCGACAGAGGAACAUGCAACGACCGAAAGUGAAAGAAAUGAUGGUCCAUUCUCUACUGUUACAUCUUCCUUAAAUUUUACAGAACUUUGGCAAAAUAAAAGCUCGGAAUCGACUACCCCCCGAGUUACACCUCAGCCAUUUACAGAUAAGUGGACAUCCAUAGAAUUAACAAGAUCUUCAACUACAGAAAUGGAAAGUUCUACAUUGGCCUUCACUAAUAAUAUCUCUUCGUCUGUGACAACUAGUAGCUCUGUAAAGCCAAUAUCCAAUAAAACUACUACCGAGAACGAACGCGAACAAUUUUCAACGAAAACUGAAUUACCAUCAACUUCAAAAAGUAUCGUCACUCCUGAAUGUCAUGGAAUUUUGUGCCCAAGUUCCACAGUAUCACCUACGCGUAAUGAUAGCGACUGUAACUGUUCACAUCGGGAAGACUGUAAACCUGGAUCAACUAUAGUACGGGCGGCGUUUAAUGGAAAGUCUUACGCAAGGCAACACGUUGAUGUAGAAAUUUCAAAUGACAAUAACGCAACGUUAAAAAUUUUCGUCAGGCUCAAAACGCGUUAUAAAGAUGGUAUUAUAUUACACGUUUAUUUCGAUGACGAAAAAUACGCGUUGGUAUAUUUAGAAUAUGGUUCUUUAAAGUUUCAAUUCUCCUGCGGGCUUGAAACUAUGUUAUUAGGCGAGAUAGAUUCACCUAUCGAUAAUGGAUACGAUGCGGACAUUGACACAAGGUUUCAAUACUUUAUGAAGAAUGAAACUAAUAAAUGUUCAGCUCGUUUGUUAGUAAAUGGAACAACGGCAGUUAGCGGAGAACAAAUUUUACCAUUACGUGGAAAUCUCCCACGACAUGCUAAUUUACAUUUAGGCGGUAUACCAUUGGUAUUUUCCCAUUAUUUCGCUCAUGUCUCUAUGGGAUUUACUGGUUGCAUGGACUCAUUAAAGAUAAACGAUAUACCACGUCAUUUCAUCCAUGAUUCCAUAGAAACAUUUCAAAUCGAAGAUUGCACAUCGUUUUUAUGCUUAUCAAAUCCGUGUAAAAAUUUUGGUGCAUGCGAAGAAAUAAACGGUGCAGUGCGUUGUAGAUGCAUAGCUGGAUAUACAGGUCCAUUUUGUGAACGUUCGACGUGCGAUGAAAAUCCUUGUGCCUUGGGUGCAACUUGUAUCAAUUCACCAGGUGCGGGUUUCGUUUGCGUUUGUCCACUCGGAACUCAUGGACUUUUAUGCGAAGAAGAUACUGUCAUAAUGCGACCAUCAUUUUCGGUACUUAUACCUGGAUUCUCAUCGUAUGUCGCAUAUGGCAUUUCAAAUUCUAUAAAAGAUACAAUGGAAUUGAAACUGAAGAUCAUACCGCGUACUUACGAACAAAUAUCCUUGAUAGCUUAUUUAGGACAAAGUGGAUCUCGUCGAGAUCUAUCGGAUCAUCUUUCCAUAACAUAUGUCCGUGGCUACAUUAUGUUAACAUGGGAUUUAGGAGCAGGUGUUCGUAGAAUUUUCACAAAUGUUCCCUUGAGUGCUACAACAAUGGCAACGAGUAAACAUCACGUAGCAUAUACAAUCAGAGUUGGAAGAAAGGGUCGAGAUGCAUGGCUUGCAGUGGAUGGUAUAGGUAAUGUAACUGGACGAGUGAUUGGAACCAUGACACGACUUGAUGUAUCACCGAUACUUUAUAUCGGUGGACAUAAGUCGAAAAACUUUGAAUCUUUACCUCACGAUUUACCCCUUCAUACUGGAUUUUCCGGUUGUAUAUUUGACAUUGAAUUACGCACAGAUACCGCUAUUUACCCAAUAACCAAUUCGAGUCCUGCAACAGGUCGUGGUGUUGGUGAAUGUCAUAGAAAUGAAUGCAUUCGUCAUUUAUGUAAAAAUGGUGCAGUGUGCUUAAAUCAUGGAGCUACAUAUAGUUGUAUUUGUACAAAAGAGUGGAUGGGUUCCGACUGUUCCAUACCAGCAGAGGCAUCAUUAUCUUUUGUUAAUCCAUCUUGCCAUACUUCAAAUUAAUAAAAAUAUUGUUACUAUUUCGUUUCAUUCCAAUACAUUAUAUGUACAAAAUUUAUUCAAUCAAUUUUUAUAAAUUAAUCAACAUUUUUAUCUAUUUUUGGUUGAUGUGACACAGAGUAAGAAUU